AUGUCUGACACAGCUGAAGCUUCAGGAGCUGAUCAUCAGCAGCAACCUUCUCAGCGCAAUAGAGUGGUCGAUACCGUGAACGAGAAAGCUCAAGAGGUUUUCAAGGAGGACUAUGCCCAGGCCAGGGAACAUGUCACUAAUGCUGCCAAGAGCAGAUCUUACCUCUACCCGAUUAAGGGUGUAUUCUACUUCCUCUCCCACCGCUCGCUUUGGAAGCCAUUCAUCUCCAAGCUCGGCCCUCUGGUCCUUCUCUCCACUGGCGUAAUCGGCGGCAUGUUCUUCUUUACAUAUCUACCACAGCUUGCCAUUCUAUUCUUCGUCAAUGGUCCUAUCGCACCAUUCUCCACGGUUCUUCUGGUUCUGAAUGAGAGCACUACCAUCAUCAAUCUCGUAUCGCGCAACUACCUUCUCCAAGAUUCGCUGUUGGAUGUCUUCGAUGGCACCCUCCUGGCUCGCGGAGACACUAAGAUUGUCAGCGAGGGACGUGAAGUCAAGUCGGGAGGAGAUCCGAUGCAGAAGCUUGGCAAAAUCAUCAAGAGCCCCUUCGAGAAGUUCAGUCCAAAGGCCAUCAUCCGGUACAUCAUGUAUUUGCCUCUCAACGCCAUCCCAGUCGUUGGCACUGUCGCACCCGAGGAAAGGGAGUUCAUGGUCGAUACUUCCAGCUCAAGCGAUGGUCGGAGCCCAAGAGGGAGGAUUGGCUUACCAAGAACGUCGGUCCUUACACUGCGUACAUUCGGACUGGUUGCUACGCUCCUUGAGAUGAUCCCUGUUGCCUCGAUGUUCUUCACUUUCAGCAACACCGUUGGUGCUGCUCUGUGGGCUGCUGAUAUCGAAGACAAGAAUACCUCCAUGACUGAUGGAACCGCCCCAAGUCUACGAGAAACUGCUGAAAAGGCUGAGUAA